AUGAUUUCUGACGAACAUUACGACCUUUGUCGUCCUAUUCUCGACGAUCCGGCUAUAGAAGAGGAGGAUAAAACAGAGCGGUUGGAGGAGUUACUGAGCAAAGUGGGUGGUUUGAAGGGUGCAGCUUUGGAAAAUGCCGUCCUUGACGCCCUGUGGAAACAUCGAAACGCUCAACGCGGUGAGACCGCUGAGACUCCCUUGCGACACAAUGUCAUUCGCAAGUCGUCCCCCGCUCCCUGGCAAGCUCGCGCUCCUACGCCCCUCGGGUCACCGCCGCCGCUCUCCUCGAGCCCCGCCCUCUCGGCAGGAUUCCCAGCCUCGCGGCCGAGCUUCUCUCGCCAGAAGUCCAAUAUCCCUUCCCCCUUUGUGUCUCCUCGUCCUUCACCACGCCUUGCUCUGGCCCAGCCUAUCCCUCACAGUCCGAGCUUGAAUGCCUAUGAAUUUUCCGAUGCGAGUCCUGCCCCGGAUACUUAUGGCGACUAUGGACACGAGAACGUGGACUGGCUACUGGCUGACGAGUCCACCAGUAAUGCUUCUUCCACGGCCACCGGCGGCUUGAGCGCUGCUGCACCAGAAUGGGUCCCUCAGCCAGAUAUGAGUCCCUAUGAUAUCUUGCGUUCCGUCCUGGGCGACCGGAAGACCGACGAAGAGAUCGAGGAAGCCUCAAUAAGAACUCUUCCGUCGGCUGAGAACAACGUUCUGGUCGGCAAGUCCAUGGCAGUCAACCCGGCCCGACCUUCCACCCCCAGCUCGCAAAAGAAUCCGAUCGUCUGCAAAUACUGGCUGACAUCGGGUUCCUGUCUUCGUGCCGACUGUCGUUUUGCUCACGACACUAGUGGCUAUCUGUGCAAAUACUGGAUGAAUGGUAAUUGUCUUGCGGGAGAUGCAUGCCAGUUCUCCCACGACCCCGCGCUUCUCAUCAAUCAUCUCACAGUUGGCGAAGGCCCUGUUGCUCCCCAACCAUUUCAACUGCAGGAUCACUAUGAACAAUUUCCCUCGCUCAGCAACCUCAGCAACCAAACCGUCAGGAACACUCUCCAAGCUGGCUUGGCCGCGGGAAACGUUUUUGUCCCUGCUAAUCAAAAGAAUCGUGGUGCUUUGAGCAACUUGGCCGCUGGCCCUCGCUCCCAUUCUCGACCCAAUUCGCGCCAUCAAAAUCGACCGGAGACACCUUCGUCUUUGUCCAUGGACGAUCCUGAGGCGUUUCCAACUCUGGGCUCUGCCAAAAGGGGAUCUAAGCAUCAUGGCCACCGGUCAAGACAUGGUCAUGGAAGUGCAGAGAAGGAGACACCUUCUUCACUCGCAGACGUUGUUCGCAUGUCUCCAUCCCCUGCUACCGCCCAACAGCGCAAAGUUGAUGCGGGCCGGAAGAUCAGAACGUAUGGCGGCUCUGAGAGUGCCGCAGCACGAAAGAUUCCCGAGCCUCAGCAUAUCCCGUGGCUGGAGACCGGGGGACGUGCCAAUCAGCAGUAUUUGAAAUACAGACAGGAAGCGAUCAAGCACGGAAGUAUACGAAAUAAAUUCCUGCAGAGCGCGGCUCAAGCUUGGAACCGGAACGAUGCCCGAGCUGCCAAAGCCCUCUCUCUCCGGGGCCAGGCUGAAAAUGAUGCGAUGCGCAAAGCACACCGCGAGGCUGCCAAGGCCCUCUACGAGGAACGAAACAAGCAUCUCUCCACCUCCCCUGUUGACGACGACGAAGAAUUGUACAUUGACCUACACGGCCUGCAUCCGGAGGAAGCUAUCGAGUACCUUGAGAACAUCCUCCUCACCCAUUCCAAGAGAGGCAGAAGAAUCAUCUAUGCGAUCACCGGGACCGGUCAUCACUCCAAAAACGGUAAGGACAAGGUGGGAAAGGGGGUGCGGAACUGGCUGAAUGAAUGGGGCUACACCUUCCGCGAGUUUAGUGUACCCGGCGAAAGGGGUGGAUAUAUCGGUGGUGUGCUGGGCAUUGAUAUCACCAGCCACAGGCGCCAGCCUCUCUCCGCUGAUGAGAAGGGGGAUGGAACCGAACAGGAGACCUCACCGACGCCAGCCGUCGUGACCGCCGUGGGGAGUGGAAGGAUCCAGGUCCUCAAGCGCGAGGAAGUGCCUGCGUGA